AUGAUGAAAAGUGUGUUUCGGUCGAUGAGCAAACGGCUGGGGCCUAAUAAACUGGCUUUUUGCCGGUUUCAGAGCUCCAAUCCUCCAAUGUCAUUUCCUUGCGUCGAUCAGGCGCAGGAACGCAAUCGCAGAUAUGAAGAAAGCCUUCAGCAGUUUCAAACCCCAGGCAAUGAAGAUCCAGGGGCAUGCAUAACUUCUCCUUCACUUGCUUCGGGACCUGAACCCAUCUAUGGAAAAAUUGUAUCUGGUUUCAAAAAGUUUAACUAUAACAAUGUAUUCCUUUGUGAUCACGGCGGUAUUUUACCUAAAUUUGAAUUGGCUUACGAAACUUGGGGCGCAUUGAAUGAAGACCGCUCAAAUGCCAUUCUUUUGCAUACCGGUCUUUCUGCAUCUUCACAUGCUCAUUCUCAUCCGGAUAACCCACAACCUGGUUGGUGGGAACAGUUCAUUGGACCAGGAAAAGAUUUAGAUACCAACAAGUUUUGUGUCAUUUGCUGUAACAUUUUAGGUAGCUGCUACGGUAGCACUGGUCCUUCUUCUGUUGACCCCGGUGAUGGAAAGAAUUAUGCGACCCGUUUUCCCAUCAUAACUGUUAACGACAUGGUUCGUACCCAAAUUUUACUUUUGGAUCAUCUGAAAAUCGAUAAGCUUCAUGCUAGCAUUGGUAGUUCCUUGGGUGGUAUGCAAUCGCUAGCGUUUGGUGCUUUGGCACCUCAUAGAACUGCUCGUAUCGCCAGUAUUUCUGGUGGUGCUAGAUCUCAUCCUUAUUCUAUUGCACUUCGUUUUACUCAGCGACAAAUUUUAAUGAAUGACCCUCAAUGGAACCGAGGCUUUUAUUAUGAUGACAUUCCUCCUCACACAGGUAUGAAACUAUCUCGUGAGGUCGCUACCAUUUCCUAUCGGUCUGGACCCGAGUGGGAACAACGGUUUUCCACUCGUCGCGCCAACCCUGCUGUACCACCUGCUAUGUGCCCUGAUUUCUUAAUAGAAACAUAUUUGGAUCAUGCUGGAGAAAAAUUCUGUCUUCAAUAUGAUCCCAAUUCCCUUUUGUAUAUUUCCAAGGCCAUGGAUAUGCAUGACAUGACUGCUUCAAAUCAGAAGAUUCUCGCUGAGAACAGAAAGAAAAAUCAGCAUAAGUUAGAAAAAUAUUUGGCUGAAAAUCCAGAUGUAUCACAAGAAGACGUGAUUAAGGCAAAUUCAAACAGUGUUGUCUUGCCCGAUACCCCGAUUGAAGAAAUUUCUAAUGAAGAUAGAGUUCCUGAACCUGAUGUAGAUUCGGAUUUAACCGCAGGUUUAGUUCCUCUACGAAACAUUCCAACCAUGAUUAUGGGCGUCGAAAGUGAUAAUCUGAUGCCUGUCGCAUGCCAGCGUGAAACUGCUCGUUGUUUGGAGAAGGCUGGAAAUGAUAAAGUUGUAUACCAUGAAUUGAAUGCCGACGAAAGUUUUUAUGGCCACGAUACAUUUUUGAUUUAUCGUAAAAACUUUAACUUGGUUGGAAGCAAACUAAAGAACUUCCUUGAGCAGAGCUAA